AUGGAGCUAAAGGGCAGGAUUAUAGUGUAUUCUAUCAUGGGUUGCCCUCACUGUAUGAGAGCUAAGAAUUCCUUACAAGAACAUAACCUACCCUACACAGACAUCAGUUUAGAUCUAUACCCUCAAUGUAGAGAAGAAUUUCAAGCUAAAACUGGCAAGAAAACUGUACCUCAGAUAUUUUUUAAUAAUAAACAUAUUGGUGGAAAUGAUGAUCUGCAAGCUGUGAUAAAGAAUAAAGAAGAACUUAAGAAACUAAUAGAAGAAGUGAAGAAUAAUGAAUCUCAAUCAGAUGCUCCUGUACCACCUGAUCCUAGCACUGCUCAACACUCUGCAGACCCAGGAGAGAUUGUUUGUGAACCAGAUGAAUAUGCUAUAUUAGUACAUGAUUUAAAAGAUAGUGGACUAAUCAAAGACCAUAGAAAAGGAUUAAAAACUUAUAAAAACUCCUUCAGUGGUAAAGAUUUUGUUGAUUGGGUUGUUAAAACUAAACAAUUAGAAAGGGAACAGGCUAUUGAGAUGGGACAAGCCUUGAUUGAUAAUCAUUUCGGACAUAAUGUGAAAUCAUCAGAAACAUUUGAAGAUAAAGAUGUAUAUUAUAGACUAUUAGAUGAUGAUGAUGAAGAUGCCUUAAAUAGUGGUGGAAUGUCAGAUUGUAAACCUAGACCAGCUGCUGAGCUUGGAGCAGAUUUAAGAAAAUUAAUACUGAGAUUAUAUGCAGCUUUUCUAUCACCUGAUGGCAAGAAAGUUGAUUAUAAAGGUAUUGGUGGAAGUGAUGAAUUUAAGCAUUAUAUAAAAUUAACUAAAGAGCUACAACGUGUUGAAAUAGUAGAUGCUAGUAGAGAAGAAAAGCUAGCUUUCUUUAUUAAUGUGUAUAAUGCUCUAGUUGUACAUGCUAAUGUUAGCCGUGGACCACCAUUUUUUAACACAGUUAAAUAUAUAAUAGGUGGACAUUCCUAUUCAUUACAAGAUAUAGAAAAUGGUGUUUUACGAGCAAAUAGAAAAGGAGUGGGUAUGUUUAGUAAUCCAUUUGGUAAAAAUGAUCCCAGAUUAAAAGUAGCUCUAGAGAAACAUGAACCUUUGAUUCAUUUUGGUUUAGUUUGCGGUGCUAAAAGUUGUCCACCUAUAAAAACAUACACACCAGAUAUGUCUACAGUUACCUCCCUUACACCACAGAGCAUUAUAAAUAUUGGACAGUAUGCUGUAAUUGAACAGUUAAAAGUAGCAUCCGAAGCAUUUUUAGAUGGACCAGAUGGAUGUGAUGUAAAUGUUAGUAAAAAGACUGUCUAUCUCUCCUCCAUAUUUAAAUGGUAUUUUAUUGACUUUGGUAAAAACAAUGAAGAGCUGGUACAAUGGGUCUAUGAUUAUAUGGGUGAAUCAGAGAAAAAAGAGAAAUUAAAAGAAGUUAUGUCAGGAAAGUUUAAAGUGUCAUAUUUAUCAUAUGAUUGGUCUGUCAACUCAAAGUAAACCAUUGUAAAUCAUGUUUAAGUUCUCAUUAUCAAUCAUGUUUCUAAAUAUCUUGCCAUAGCUUCAUCCAUCAUAAAUGGCUUUCUGGAACCUAUAACCUUUUAGCCAAAUUGAACAUGUAAGGAUAUGUUUUCAUAUAAAACUGAAAAAAUGAAAAAGCACAAUAUUUAUAGUUACACGAAGGAUAAAAAGAAAUGAUAAAUGAUAUUUUCUUUUUGUAAACAAUAUAUUCUCAUGAUAACGCUGCCUAUAAAACGUUAAGUUUAUUCAACUCACAUUUGAUAUUUCUUUAAUUCUUUGGCUUUUUUUACCUUUAAAAUAUUAUAAUAAACUAAUAAAGUUAUUGUACAUUGUAUAUUGUUAUUCAGAUAAUUUGAUAUCACGAUUUUUUAUAAUGCUCCUCAUAUCAUUAAUUUUUAUUUUAUUUAUUGUAUAAUGUAGAGCACAUAUUAUUUUAUAAAAUAUAUGCAAAAACUAUAUAAUUAUUUAAAAAUCAUAUUGAAAUUAGAUUGAUUGGCAACAGUACUUGU